UCCCCGCUGUCAGUCCUGGCCCCGGGGGUGGGGAGGCAUCCCAGGGCGUAGAGGGAUGAGUUUGGCCUCGCCCAGAUUUGCCACCAACUCUCGCGAUGUUAUUAUAAAUCUCGGGGUUUGGUGCCUGAGCAGGUCAGUUUUGCACCGUUAGUAGCGCUUGUGGUUCAAGAUCGCGACCCCCCCCCCACGCCCCCAACAAGGCAACACCGCGCCCGGGCAAAGGCAAAGGACCCAAGGCCUGGUGGUGAACAGUAAAAGCUGAGAUGAAACCUCACCGAGGCGUUGGGCUUUUUAGAAGUCUGCUUGCUAAUUGUUUCCAUCGCUAUCACCAUCACUGCUCUCCUCUUGUUAAAAGGAUAGGUCACAUGAUGGAACUAUCUAUCUUUAGACGCAAUUAUUUACUUAAUAUAGUUAAACCUCCUCUGUCAUUUAAUGAUUGGUCAAGGAGAUAUCAUCAGGAUUUUAGAGCACUGUGGAAGCAUGAAGCUGUGGAAAAAUAUCUAGAGACCUUAAACAGAGAAUACCAGCGGGUUGGCCAGUUGUUAAAUAGUGGCUCAAUGAAUGAGUAUGAUCAAAGUACUCUGAGCAGAAGACAUACUCAUUUAUCCACCCUUGUAGCUGUUUUUCAAGAAAUACAAGAGGCAGAAAGAGAAGUUCAAGAGAUAGAAUCCAUGUGUACAAAGCUAGACAGCAGAGAUGAGAAACAGCUGCUAGAGCUUGCCUUAGAAGAGAAGGAAAUCAUUAACCAAAAAAUCAACACAUUUUGCAAAAAGCUUUUCCAGAGUAUAGUGCCAAGGGAGAAACAUGAUGACAGUGAUGUGCUGUUAGAGGUGACAUCGGGCAGAACCACUGGAGGUGACAUUUGCCAACAGUUCACCAAAGAAAUGUUUGAGAUGUACCACAAUUAUGCAGAUUACAAAUGUUGGACCUUUGACAUUCUGAACUACACACCAGCUGAGAUUGGCGGAUUGCACCAUGCAGCUGCUCAUAUUUCGGGAGACUGUGUCUUCAGGUAUUUGAAAUAUGAAGGAGGGACUCACAGAGUUCAGCGAAUUCCCGAGACUGGCCUAUCGUCAAGAAUGCAGCGUAUUCACACUGGGACAAUGUCAGUAGUUGUCCUACCUCAGCCAGAGGAGGUAGAUGUUAAAGUGUAUCCUAAGGAUUUGCGUAUAGAUACUUUUAGGGCCAAAGGUGCAGGAGGGCAACAUGUUAACACAACGGACAGUGCUGUGAGAAUAGUUCAUAUUCCCACUGGACUAACAGUAGAGUGCCAGCAGGAGCGAUCACAGCAACUGAACAAAGAAAUAGCUCUGCGGACACUGAGAACUAGGUUAUAUCAACAAAUCAUUGAGAAAGACUUCAGCCAAAAGCAGAAUGCUAGAAAACUGCAGAUAGGGACAAGAGCCCAGUCAGAGAGAAUUCGUACCUAUAACUUCACCCAGGACAGAGUCACUGAUCACAGGAUCUCAUAUGAUGUCCGCAAUAUCAAGGAAUUUCUCUGUGGUGAGGGGGCACUGGAUGAGCUAAUCAACAGGUUGUUGGACUCUGCAGAGAUGGAGGCCCUAAUUGAACAUUUAGAAAACUUCAAAUCUUUAGAAGGAGGAGGCUGAUGUAGGUCUUGUACUAAAUACAACACUGGUCCUUGUAAUGCUGUAGCACAAUAAAAUGGAAGUAUUUGUUAGAUGUCAGA